AUGCCUUUCGCGUUACAAAAAGCUGUCGCUCCGGCGUCGAGAUUCGUGGCGAGAAACACAUUCCGAUCCGUCCGGACACCAUUUAUCCCAUUCUCCCUGCGAGCAGCUUCAACUAUGGUUCCCAAGCUUAAAGACCAAUCUCUGCUGAAGCAGGAUGUUUGCUACGUCAACGGCGAAUGGAUCAAGGCCAAGUCUGGCAAGACUUUUGAAGUAACCGACCCCGCCACCGGCGAGAAAAUCGGAACAUGUCCCGAGUUCACCAAGGCCGAUACGGACGCCGCCAUCGCCGCGGCCUCCACGGCUUUCGAGACCUUCCGCACCAAGACGGGCCGUGAGCGCUCUAAGCUGCUGCGUCGCUGGUACGACCUCAUGAUGGAGAACGCCGAGGACCUUACCACCCUUAUCACAUGGGAGAACGGCAAGCCUGUUGCUGACGCUAAGGGCGAAGUCACCUACGCCGCGAACUUCUUUGAGUGGUUCAGUGAGGAGGCGCCCCGUAUCUACGGUGACACUAUUCCCUCUUCCGUUCCUGGUAACCGUGUGUGGACUAUCAAGGAGCCGGUCGGCGUUUGCGGUCUCAUUACCCCAUGGAACUUCCCCGCUGCUAUGAUCACCCGAAAGAUCGGCCCCGCGCUCGCCACGGGCUGCACAGUCGUAUGCAAAGCCCCUGGCGAGACGCCCUUCACCUCCCUCGCCAUUGCUGAGCUGGGCCACCGCGCCGGUAUCCCCAAGGGUGUUGUCAACGUCAUCACCUCCCUCGACAACACCCCCGAAGUCGGUGAAGCGCUCACUACCUCGCCGACCGUGAAGAAGAUCUCCUUCACCGGCUCCACCAACGUAGGCAAGCUUCUCAUGAAGCAAUGUUCUGGCACCCUUAAGAAGCUCUCUAUGGAGCUGGGUGGCAAUGCGCCCUUCAUCGUUUUCGACGAUGCAGAUGUCGACGCCGCCGUUGCUGGCGCCAUUGCCUCUAAGUUCCGCUCUUCCGGACAGACCUGCGUCUGCGCCAACCGCAUCUACAUCCAGAGCGGUGUCUAUGACGAGUUCGCCCAGAAGUUCGCCGCCGAAGUCAAAAAGUUCAAGGUCGGCAACGGUUUCGACAAGGACAUCACCCACGGACCCCUCAUUCACGACCGCGCCAUUGACAAGGUCGACGCGCACAUUCGCGACGCCGAGAAGAAGGGCGGAAAGGUCGUCGUCGGCGGAAACAAGCUGAACAACCUGGGCUCCAACUUCUACGAGCCGACUGUCAUCACCGGCAUGACCAACGAGAUGGCCAUGGCCGAGGAGGAGACCUUCGGACCCGUCGCGGGUCUGUUCUCGUUCAAGACUGAGGAGGAGGUCGUCAAGCUCGCAAACGCGACGAACGUCGGUCUUGCUGGCUACUUCUUCUCGCGGGAUAUCCAGCGCGUGCAUCGCGUUGCGGAGCACCUCGAGGUCGGCAUGGUUGGUGUGAACACCGGUCUCAUCUCCGACCCUGCCGCGCCUUUUGGAGGUGUCAAGGAGUCUGGUUUCGGAAGAGAAGGAUCUCUGUACGGUAUCUCGGAGUACCAGAUUACGAAGAUGGUUACGUACGGCGGCAUGGGCCAGCCUCUGCAAAAGUAG